CUUUUUUUCGGCGUUUUGUCCUGACUGAUCGCGCGUCUACAUGGGAAUCGCUUCAAAAGAGAAUGAACCCAGAGCAAAGGCUAAUCAAAAACCGCCGCAAACUGUAAUGGCUCAACGUUCACUGUUAUCCUUUUUCAAACCGCCUACUGCUACUAAUGUGCCAAAAGCACAAGAAGCAUCUUCGAAGCCGGAACAACCAAAACGCGUUGCGGCAGAGGAAUCCGAUAUCGCUCAAAAGAUCCCGGAAUCUCCUUCAAAGAAGCGCCCAACACAUAUGGAACAUAGACCGAAACCUUCUCGAGCUUCUCCUACACCUGGUGCGCUUGAGAGUAUGGAUAUCGACACUACAGGCGGGAACAGCGACGAGGAGCUUUUCGACUCGGCCAAGCGCUCGGCACGCUCAAAGCGAAGACUCCAGUACUUUGAAUCUGAUUCCGAAGACGAAGAAAAAGUAGCCAAAGUGUCCACAAGUAAUGUGGAUAAGGGCCAACCAAAGAAGAGAAAACUCGUUCGACGAAAGGUUGUUAGUGAUAGCGAUGAUUACGAGGACGAAGGGGCGGAUGACAUUGAAGAGGAGGACGAUGACAUUGUGGCUGACAUGAGUGAAGAUGAUGCCCCAGUCCAAGCAAAACCAUCGCCUGUCAAAGCCAAACCGGCUGCCAGCCUAACUCCCGUACAACAAAGAUUCAGCAACAUCAGCAUGACUUCACCGUUAAAGAAGCCAUCAGCAUUCUCUCCAUCAUCGCCUUCCAAGGCCAAAAAGGAAGACAAAGAUCAACGGUACGCUUGGCUAUUGCAUCCAAAAGAUGCCGACGGAAAUCCAGAGGGAUCUGAAAACUAUGAUUCCAGAACUCUGCUUGUACCAAAAAAUGCUUGGGACAGAUUUACGCCUUUUGAAAAGCAGUAUUGGGAGAUUAAAAGUAAACAUUGGGACACUAUUGUCUUUUUCAAAAAAGGAAAAUUCUACGAACUGUACGAAAAAGAUGCUGACAUUGGUCAUCAAGAAUUCGAUCUAAAGCUUACCGACCGUGUCAAUAUGCGCAUGGUUGGUGUCCCGGAGAUGUCCUUUGACAUGUGGGCCGCUCAAUUUGUUGCAAGAGGGCAUAAGGUAGCUAAGGUAGAUCAGAUGGAGACCGCGAUAGGCAAGACAAUGCGAGAGAGGGAGACCAAGAGCAAGGCUGACAAAAUCAUUAAACGUGGUCUCAGUUAUGUGCUCACUGCUGGAACUCUGGUGGACUCUGGUCUACUGACAAGUGAUAUGAGCAUUUACUGCAUGUCAAUCAAAGAACUCUGCUCAACUGAGAACGCUGCGCCUUCUUUUGGCAUCUGCUUCGUUGAUACCUCCACAGCUCAUUUUAAUUUGGCUGUAUUUGAGGAUGACGUUAACCGAACCAAACUGGAGACACUUUUAAUGCAAGUACAGCCUCGUGAAGUGAUUACUGAGAGGGGUCAACUAAGUCAAAAGACGACACGCUUACUGAAGAACACACUUUCGAAUCCAAUUUGGAAUCAAUUGAUGCCAGAGAGGGAAUUUUGGGAUGAGCGAGUUACAGAGGAUGAAAUACGUAUUGCAAAAUACUAUGAAAGGGACGGUAAAGACGAAUGGCCGCAAGUAUUAGUUGAAGCCAAGGAGCAUCCUAUCCUCAUGUCAGCUUUGGGUGGACUGAUCUGGUAUCUGCGUUCGCUCAAACUUGACAAGGAGCUAUUGUCCUUGAAAAACAUCACUCAUUACGAUCCCAUUAAAAACACAACCUCUCUCGUUCUUGACGGACAAACAUUGGCCAACUUGGAAAUCCUUCAGAACUCGUAUGACGGAUCUGAUGAAGGAACCGUCAUUAAAUUAUUGAAUCAGUGUGUUACACCAUUUGGAAAGCGUCUCUUCAAACGAUGGCUAUGCCACCCUCUGCGAAGUACAGGUGAUAUUGUUGAGCGACAAGAUGCCGUCGAAGAACUCAUGGCGUACGUUGACGUACAGGAAAUGAUUGCAACAAAUUUCAGAGCCCUCCCUGAUUUAGAGAGACUUAUAUCUCGCAUUCAUGCUGGAAAUUGCAAAGUCAAGGAGUUCCUCGUUGUUCUUGAGGCGUUCAAGUCCUUGCAGAAAAGCAUAGAUUCUUUGGAAUCAUACGCUUCAGAUUUUAAUUCCAAUCGUUUGAAGAAUCUCAUUUCUCAAUUCCCCAAAUUGAAUGAUCAGAUCACCUAUUUCGGAGAAGCCUUUCAGACGGGAGAAGUCAUGGUGGACUAUCAAAGAAUCACAACCAUUAUACCACAGCCAGGAAUUGAAGAAGACUGGGAUGAAGUUCAGGCGACUUUGUCAGAUUAUGAAAGACAGUUCCAGGAGCAUAUCCAAGAUAUGAGAAAGCAACACAAGUGCUCCAAACUGGUAUACAAAGAUCUUGGAAAGGAGAUAUACCAAAUAGAAGCUCCUAAAGAAUUUCGUGCACCAAAGGAAUGGGCAAGGUUGUCUGCCACUGGGAAAUUGUCUCGCUACUGGACACCUACCAUUCGUAAACUUGUCGGCGAAUACAAAGAAGCACUGGAGACGAAGAAUAGCAUUGUCAAGAGCUUCACAAGUCGCGUAUAUGCCAAAUUUGACGAGCACUAUUUCACUUGGCUAUCUGCUGUUAAACAUGCUGCUGAAUUGGACUGUUUGUUAAGUUUGGCAAUUAGCUCGAUGUCACUUGGAGAACCUGUCUGCCGUCCAGAAUUUGUUGAUAGCGAGAAGAGUGUGCUGGAGUUGCAUGAUUUACGCCAUCCAUGUAUUGCGGCUGGAGUUGCAACGGAUUUCAUUCCCAAUGACACAUACUUGGGUGGAGAACGGCCAAACAUCAUAGUGCUAACUGGUCCCAAUAUGGGUGGUAAAUCGACACUACUGCGCCAGACUUGUGUAGCAAUUAUUAUGGCCCAGCUUGGAUGCUAUGUUCCUGCCAGCAGAUGUCGUAUGACUCCAUUCGAUCGUAUCUACACGCGUAUUGGUGCAAACGACAAUAUUCUUGCCGGUCAAUCAACUUUCAUGGUCGAACUAUCAGAGACUUCCAAGAUUCUACACGAGGCAACCCCGCACUCUAUGGUUAUUCUCGAUGAACUAGGUCGAGGUACAUCCACAUUUGAUGGCUACGCAAUAGCCUAUGCGGUUCUUCAUUACUUAGCCACGCAUGUCGGUUGCCUUGGAUUGUUUUCGACACAUUACCAAACACUUUGCCAAGAAUUCGAACGGGUUCCUGAAGUCGUAAAUAUGCAUAUGGCGUAUCACAUUGAUGAAAAUGAGCAUGACAUCACAUUCUUGUACAAGCUUACAGAAGGUGCAUGUCAAAAGUCAUUUGGUAUGAACGUUGCAAACAUGGCGGGCAUUCCGAAAUCCAUCGUGGAGCAAGCUGACUCGGCAGCAACGCAGUUUGAGCAAACUCAUCGCUUAAAAGAUACCACCCUUCUAAUGGAUGUCGAUUCGAGUGGACCUGUCGCCACCCCGUCUAUGCUUUCUGAUUUUGAGUAUCUCAUGAAAGUCGGUAAAUCUAGUGCGGAUGACGAUGUGGGUGACAAGGCUGAUGAUACUCGGAACACAGCGGGUAGACAUCAUCGCCAGCUACAGAUUUUGAAGCGAAUCGCCAAAGCAUAUGCGCAUUAGAACACUGUGUACGUUUAUAGAUCUACACAGUUCAUGAUACACAUUUACCUAAAUUGUAUAUCUUUUCCUUACGACCAUCGACAUAACAACAAUAAAAGCUCUCUUCAUCGUCAUCUUAACGCA